AUGAAAAAGAUAGGACGAGUUGUCAAUAUAGAAGGCCAAUCGCAUAUUCUCGUUAAUGGAACCGGCUACGAGGUGGAUAAAAUGCUUGAAGAGUUCAAACCAUCAAAUCUGGAUGAAAGCCAGCGACGUGCGAUGAUCUAUGCUCUGACCAGCGAGCUUGCCAUAAUUCAGGGUCCUCCUGGGACAGGCAAAACAUUCAUUGGUGUGGAGAUUGUACGUGUAAUGCUUCAAAAUCGAACGCGGUGGGGUAUUGUAGAGCCGAUUCUGGUGGUUUCCUUCACAAAUAGUGCCGUCGACAAUUUUGCAGAGAGGCUACUCAAGGCGAUCUAUGUGGAUAUGGAAAAAGGAUAUUUACAACAUGAAGGACCUCUUAUGGCUCGACUUGGUACAAAAUCGGAAAGUGAUUACUUGAGGAGGUCAGGCCUAAUGCGGAAAGAUGUCGUAACGGCGUUCCCGGAGUUUAACACCGGAGAAACCAAUGCGGAAUUCAACAGUGCGAUGAAGAGAAGGAGAGAGGCAUGUCGACAGCUAGCGGAGGCCAGCCUCCUUCUAUACAUAUUCAAAAGGGAUCUCGCCAGUUAUCAAGUAUUGGCGAAAUACAAAAUCAUUCCCGACGCCUUUCGAAGUGAACUUCAGUCGUGGCAAGCAACGCAUUGCGAUUCAUCGGGAAAGAAGCUUGAUAAUGACGAGACCUUGGCAUGUUGGCUUCUGGAAAGAGCAUAUACAACGGAAAGUUGUGCGAGAAACAUGCCUGAAGAAGCUGCUGAUGAGACAGAAGAAGAAGACGACGACGACGAAGACACCGAAAGUGAUACUCUAAAUCCUGAGGAUGAUGAGACGAAAAGGAUUAGAAACACUUGA